UGGGAGGAAUAAUUCAACCGUGGUUUAAAUAACGAAGCACCCUUCAGAGGAUUCAAGAUCAGAUGUGAGGAAUCUACCGACAAUGUCUGAAUUGAGGAUUUGACACUUAGAGGACUUAACUGUACACAGGACGGUUGGUGUGAAAACAAAAAAAAUUGGAUGGCGGAAAAAUCCCGGAGGGAAAAGCGAAAUCAAUAAAUAAUAUACAGACCAUGAACUAUGUGGGUCAGCUGGCGGGUCAGGUGUUUGUGCAGGUCAAGGAGCUGUACAGGGGACUCAACCCUGCAACACUGUCUGGAUGUAUAGAUGUCAUUGUGGUACGGCAGCCCGAUGGCUCCCUGCAGUGCUCCCCCUUCCACGUCCGCUUUGGCAAGAUGGGUGUCCUGCGGUCCCGUGAGAAAGUGGUGGACAUAGAGAUUAAUGGAGAGCCGGUGAGAUUGCAUAUGAAGCUUGGGGAAAAUGGUGAAGCCUUUUUCGUUGAAGAGACUGAGAACACUCUGGAAGUAGUUCCGUCCUACCUCGCCACCUCUCCCAUCAUGUCCAUCGGGGAGAAGUUAAUGGAGUCCCAGCUGGGCCGGGGCAGUGCUCGUCACCAUGACACAAUCCCAUGCAGCUCACUCCCUGCUGAACUGGGACCACAGCAAAGUGACAGUGGCAUUUCCAAGAAGAGGAGGAGGAGGAGGAGGAAGGCACGGCAAGAUGCAGGAGGUGGAGGAGGAGGGAGAAGAGAGGAGAGCGGGGAAGAGUUCUCAGAUGAAGAAGAUAUGUUUACUAUCGACUUGAGCUCAGAUGAGGAGAAAGAGGGGGACGGCAGCAGACCUGUAUUUGGGGAUCAGGGGUCCACAGCCAACCCUCACGCCCGCCCCGGCACUGAUUGGAUCCAUUCACAGAGUAAAGGGAUUCAGGAGACUCUCUCCAUCCCUCCACAGUGUGGUCUGUCCUUCUCUUGUCCUCAGCAGACCUCUCACUUCUCUUCCCAUGUUAGCAUUCCUGAUGAGUCACGGUCAUCAACUCCGAAGAGCGACUCAGAGCUAAACAAUCAGAACAAAGAUAACCCUGAGAUGCUUUGGACCUGGGGGGAACUGCCACAGGCUGCCCAGCCAGCCUUCCUCACUUCCCAUCUAAAGCAGGACCCUGUUACAGCAGUCUCCAUCCCGGUGUCUGCCUGCACUCACUUCAGAGCCAUUAAUGACACUGGACCUCCCUCCCUCAAUCUCUAUGCUACUGAGUCAGGAGAGACGGCUGCUCACAGUGAGGACAAGGACAGUAUGACCGGGGACAGGGUCGGAGGAGAGCAAGGUAGUCACAUUGAGGACAGAUCAACAAAUCAACAGCCUUAUCAGAGUGGUGACUAUAGAAGAGCAGUGGAAAGUGUUGGACCAUUGUGUGCAGAGAUGGAGGGGUUAACAGCCAGUUCAGCAUCUCCUAGGAUGCUCCUUGAUCAUCUUGAUGAGGGGGGUAACAGAGGAAGCCCCAACAGAAGAACAGAUUCACCAUCCAAAAAGAAAGAAAAGAGAAGCCAACACUUGGGUGCUGAUGGCAUGUACCUGGAUGAUAUAACAGAGCUGGAGCCUGAAGUUGCUGCUCUCUACUUCCCUAAAAGUGAUGGAGGCAGCAGCUCUAUGAAGAUGGACUCAGAGAUGAUGAUGAUGGGAGUGCGGAGUGCUAACCAAUCCCCACAGUCAGUAGGCAGCAGUGGGAUGGACAGUGGUGUAGACAGUUUGUCCGACCAAAUGGGGGACCUGGCUCAUGUUGCUAUCUCUUUGUGCGGAGGACUCUCAGACAACAGAGAGAUCACAAGAGAAGAGUUCCAGGAAAAGGCAAUUUCAUACCAGCAGUUUUCUGAAAACCCUUCAAUGAUCGAUGACCCUAACCUGGUUGUCAAGAUAGGAAACAAGUACUACAACUGGAAUACAGCAGCUCCAGUCAUGUUGGCCAUGCAGGUCUACCAGAAACCUCUGCCGCAGGCCUCAGUGGAGAACAUCAUGAAGGAAAAGAUGCCAAAGAAAGGAGGACGCUGGUGGUUCUCAUGGAGGAGCAGGAACAGCGACUCCAAAUCAGAAUCAGUGGAGGCCGGAGACAGAGAAGAAAGCUCAAUCCCCAUGCCUUCAGUGAACAGAGUGAAAGAUGAAUCAUCCUCAAGUGAUGAGGAUCACAGAUCGUCCAAUCAGGCGUCAGGGUCCUGCCUGGCUGAUCCCCUCACGAGUUCAAGCAGUGUUUAUUAUAAGAAGACUCUUCGGCUCACCUCAGAGCAGCUGGCCAGUCUGCAGCUAAAGGAGGGUCCUAAUGAGGUGGUGUUCAGUGUGACCACGCAGUAUCAGGGCACCUGCCGUUGCAAUGGCACUAUCUAUCUUUGGAGCUGGGAUGACAAGAUUGUGAUCUCAGAUAUAGAUGGGACAAUCACCAGGUCAGACACACUGGGUCACAUCCUUCCAACUCUGGGCAAAGACUGGACACACCAGGGUAUCGCACGUCUCUACCACAAAGUCAGCCAAAAUGGAUAUAAAUUCAUGUACUGCUCAGCAAGGGCUAUAGGCAUGGCUGAUAUGACGCGAGGCUACCUGCACUGGGUCAAUGAGAGAGGAACCAUGCUGCCAAUGGGCCCUGUGCUGCUCAGCCCCAGCAGCCUUUUCUCUGCCUUGCACAGGGAGGUGAUUGAGAAGAAACCAGAGAAGUUCAAGAUCCAGUGUCUCACAGACAUAAAGAACCUUUUCUACCCGAACACUGAACCUUUCUACGCUGCUUUUGGCAACAGAGCGACGGAUGUGUAUUCCUAUAAGGAGGUGGGCGUCCCUCUGAACAGGAUUUUCACUGUCAAUCCCAAGGGGGAGCUGACCCAGGAGCACGCCAAAACCAACAUCUCCUCCUUUGGUGGUCUGUGCGAGGUGGUCGAUCAUGUUUUCCCUGUCCUCCCCCGUGCUUACACCUUUGAUCAAUGCAACUAUUGGAGCGACCAGCUUCCUGAUGGCACCAGCCGGGAUGAAGAUCCACAGCCUCUCGAAACAAGCUGAAGAAAAGCCCAUCAGAUCCAGCACUGAGGACGCAGCUUUUCUCCACAACGCAGUCAGGCACGAUGCGGUGGUCAGUGGUUUUGUGAUACACUGGUACGCCUGGUGCCCAGAUCAAGACUAAAUAUGCUGAUUAUUUCACAUUUAAAAACUAACACUAGAGAUCUGUCGGAAACAGCCAUCAAGCCAACCUUUACUCUUUACUAUGGAGCUUUGGGGCUCAUCCAAGUUUUAGAGAUGUCAUUUAAGAUUAGUUUUUGAGACUACUGAAUCAAAGAAAACAAAUGUGUUUCAGUGUCUCACCUUCACAUCAUGCCAUCAUUCAAUAGUUACAUCACAAGCAGCAGAUAUGGGGGUCACUGAAAAUAGAGCUGCUGGAUCAGAAAAAUCUUUUUUACAGAGAAAUCUCAGAUGAAUCUCAGCAGCAGCUGCUUCAGGUCGAGCAACAGGGAUUUUACUGACACAAACACAUAGACACAAGGUAUUCCAUAAAAAGUACACCACAAGAAUAAUUUGCCUCGCUUCAUGCUUUUCACCUUCCCAAGAGAUCUUUCAACCACAUCAUUUAUUGUUUACUUGUGGAUAGAAAGCUUGCAUACAAAAUGCACAAGGAGUGAAAAAUCAUUUUCAUUCUUACACCACUAUGACUUUAAGAUACUGGUGUACCGAUAUGGGUUUAUACCCACUGUUCACCUGUUACCUUUAUUUGUCUUUAUUAUUAUUUCAGACAUGCCUGUCUUUAAAUGAUCCACUAACCUACGUUGAGGUUAGCAUCAAGGGAAGUUCAUGAAAACAUCAAGCCUAAUAGGUGAAUGAACUAAGGAAUGAUUUACUUAACAAGUCAAAGUCUCAUUUCAAAUCAGCCUGUUGUUUCAUCAUGUAUCUUUAUCUUUUUUUUCUGUUACAAGCAGUACUUUCAGCUAAUAGUAGAGACUCUUGGUUAAGGUGUUAGCAGACACAGGGAUGUUUCUGUUGUAUUCUUCAGGUACAGCAGAUACAGCACAAAACUGUUAUAACAGAAGCAUCACUUCACAUCACAUUGCACCUAAACCAUUCAGAACUUGCAAAAAUAGCACAGAAAAUGUAUCCAGUCAUCCUCUGUGCCCAAUGUGUGGGGUCCUCUGACCGUGCUACUGUGAAAAAAUGUGACCCUUGCACAUUUUCUUACCAGGGUACAGUGACAAUACUCAAGGUAAAUGCAGUACAAUGCAAUUAACUUCUAUGUUCAGUCUGUUUUUUUUUAAUUAACUCCAGUGAUAUGCGAAUGUAGUGUAUAAAUCACUCAGUGUUUGUUGUUUUAAUGACUAAUGCUCAUCAAUGCAAUAACUGUAUAGCUCUUACAGGACAUACAGUCAUUUCUUUUCUGUUUUGGCAUGUGGUGUCCACACACAGAAAUAUACUUUUACAGCACUUAUCAGUUCUGCCUUGGACACUUGCGUGCAUUCAGACAAAAGAAAUCUCUACACAAACAGUUUUAUGGUUGUUGUUUGUAUAUAUUUUUCAUUAUCAGUUAUCUCAUGUUUUUUAUAAAUUUAAAAUCUACUGUACUGCAUUUCUGUGAGAUGGAAACCUGUUUAUUUUAACCACAUGUAUCACUUUUAAUAGGGAAACCACUAUAAAUAAUAAUUCACAUCCUGUUUUUUUUUAAACCAUAUGAAGUCAACUUAAAAAAAAAAAAACUCCGCUCAUCUUCUGAGGGGUUUCCAGUAUUUAAAAAACAAUGUUACUGGUGCUCAUUCUAAUGCACUUAAACCAGCGGCCUCCUAUCUUACUUUGAAGUGGCAGUUCCACAACUUGACCACUAAAGCAGGAGGUAAAGUUGCAGUGAUUUAGAGAAGCCAGAGGAUGGAUUACCUAUUAUCAACCCUUGCAUUUUGUUGAAUUCCUUUCGAAGUGGUAUGUUUGAUGACACUUGUAACUCUUGCAACAAACAGACAGUGAAUGAACGCACAUGUUCAUCUAAAUGCAAAAGUAAAUCAUCGUGAGCAACUUUGAAUACAAGACUGUUUCAGGAAAAGGAACAAAAACUACAAGAAAAAAUGAAACAAACAACAUGUUUAAGUAAAUCACAUGAGUUCAGUAAGAAUGUAUGAGAAUAAUUGAACUCUGAUAUGAAUAUAUCCCAUAUUGAUCAAAUCAGAAAAGCUGAAUACUUUAAAUGCGCCUUCUAAUUGGUUGUGACUGAGUCUGUUCUACUGUUAUAUACUCUUUGUGCAUAGGAUAGAUAUGUCUGAAUCUGUUCUGUGAUAUACUUUGCCUAAAGGAAAAACAAUAGUUUUAAAUGCAAAUCAGGUUGAUUCCUGAUUUGCAUUUAAAACUAUUGACGCGAACAAGCUUUGAGUGAGUCUAAUGUAGUGAGGAAAAAUACAACGGACGCAUGCUGUUGUAAUGUGCAGGUGCAGAUUAAUGUGGAUGUUAUGAUCACUGUCCAGUCACUACAUCUGUGUAAGGAAGAACCUCCCUUUAACAAAGGAGAAAAAAAAGGAGAUUUAAGAAACAAUGGCUUCCAAAUUUCACAUAAAAAGAAUAAUUUCCCAACAUUAGGAGAUGAAUCUGUCAUUCUGACUUCAUAGCCUUGGCCUCAUUUCUUGGUAUUUUAAGUAUAUCAUAUAGCACAUGUUGGAAUAUUUCAGUCCAAAAGCACAUUUUGAUCUGUGUGAAGACAGUACAGAGUUCAAGAAGAUCUUUUGAACUAUAAAAUAUGGAAGUCAAAAGUAAGAUGCAUUCUCCUUUUAAUGAACACCAUACUCAUCUGAUUAUUUUGUGUAAUCAUCUUUUAGAUGUUUAGCUCCUAAUUCUUUCUAUGAAAGAUUUAUUUAAGCUCUGGACCAGUUAUCCAGUCUGUCUGUGGGUUGUCAUGGAUGUGGAGCCUUCCCUCCCAUGUAAAGCAGCAGCCUACAGAACAGUGUGCAGUGUAAGCUAUUAUGAACAACAUGGUGUGAAUGAAAUUGUACAUUGGACACAUUUUUCAAUAAAAUCAAAGAUGAUUGCUACUUGUUA